AUGAAAUGUAUGGCAGCAAUUGCAAAUCAAUUGGCAGAUGCUGGUCAUCAAGUUACGUACUUCCAGCCAUUUGUAGUUGAACUUUUUCAAAAUCAUGAUCUUAUCAAAAACCCUAAUAUAAAAGUUAUUGACUUUUGGCAUGAUGAAGAGGGUCGAAAGAAUUUGCCAAGUGAUGGAGUGCUCAGUGAUGCAUGGACUUCUGUGAAAUAUCAAUCGGAUAUUGGUGUCAAGAUAUUUGCUCCGAGAGUUCUUCACAGCGCUUUUCAGCAUAUGUGUAGACGAAUGUUCGAGGAUAAAGAACUUCACAAAAUGCUGAAAGAUCAGAAAUUUGAUGUAGUUUUGUCGGAAACUUUUGAUUUCUGCGGCUUAUACCUUGCUGAUUAUCUAGAAAUGCCUGCAAUCAUUUCUGUAUUCACGGGAAGCAAAUUGAGUGCAAUUACAGAUGCAUUGGGAGAACCAUCCUUUCUUCAUUAUUAUCCAUCUCCAUCUUCCAACUUCGGUCCAAAAAUUUCAUUGUAUGACCGAAUGAACAAUUUAUGGUAUAAACUCCUGUCUACUUCUGCAUUCGGAGAACUUUUUGAUAGACAAUACGCUGAUAUUUCAAAGAUAAUGAAUGGAACUGUGAGACAUUGGAAACCAAUCCUAGGAGAUGUCACCUAUCAUUUUGCCAAUUCGAAUCCUUAUCUUGAUUUCGUUGUUCCCACAAUUCCGAAAGUUGUGCCAAUCGGUGGCUACACAAUGGACUACAAACAAGUGCCUCCAGUCUCAAAAGAGCUAGACACAAUUCUCAAUUUGAGACCGUACAAUGUCUUCAUCUCAUACGGAACAAUGGUGGCUUCCAAGUAUAUGCCAGAUGAUUACAAACACUCAAUGAUCAACUUAUUCAAGCACAAUCAGAACGUUACAUUUUUAUGGAAAUAUGAAGAUGCGGAAGAGAAAUACAUCAAAGAGAAUAUUCCAGAAAAUGUACAUCUCUCCAAAUGGUUCCCACAACAGUCUUUGCUUGCUGAUAAGCGUGUGAAUCUGUUCAUCACUCACGGAGGACUCGGCAGUACAAUGGAAUUGGCGUAUGCAGCAAAAACAGGCAUCGUGACUCCACUAUUUGCUGAACAACCCAGUAAUGCUCAAAUGCUAGCAAGGCAUGGAUCAGUGGAAGUUUAUUCAAAGCAUGAUAUUCCCAACUGGAAGAAACAGAGCGAUCUAUUGAGAAAAAUGUUGAUUGAUGAGAAGUAA